GUCUACGGCUGCGCGUGAGGGUCCCUGUGAGGCCGGCGAUUGCGCCGUUGGGAGUUCUGCGCAGCCUGAGGCGCAACCUGCAGGCCUGACGACCCUCCGGCGGCGCCAGGAGGUGGCGCCGCGUUCUCCCCAAGGUGCUGGGCGGCACGGCUCCUUCUCCCGGUUGGUGCCGAAGAGAACCGGUUCUGGGCGGACGGAGAGAACCGCCGUAGUUUUGCCUGGCCGCCGCCUUGUUCAUGGCAGAUGUUGCUUUGGCCGGCAGCUCCAGCCCGCCGGGAUGGCAGCCCCGUCCAUGAAGGAGAGGCAGGUCUGCUGGGGAGCCCGGGAUGAGUACUGGAAGUGUUUGGACAAGAACGAGGACGACGCUUCGCAGUGCAAGAAGCUAAGAAGCUCCUUUGAAUCCAGUUGCCCCCAGCAGUGGAUAAAAUAUUUUGAUAAAAGAAGAGAGUACUUAAAAUUUAAAGAAAAAUUUGAAGCAGGACAAUUCCAGCCUUCAGACUCAACUGCGAAGUCAUAAGCUGUUCCUGGCCUUUUCAGAAAGGGUGAAGCUAUUCUUUCUGGACAUUCAAAAUCGCUCCAUCGGUCGUGGGACAAAAGUGGUUUGAAUCAUGGUGAACAUCAGUACUGACUGUUUCUGUGUACGUAACUUAAUGAUUAAAACGAUCGAGCGACAGGAGAUCAACUAUGAAGAAUUGAAAUAAAAUGGUAUGAAGUAUGCUUAGUUUUAAUUUAGUAAGAUGUUAGUAUUUUAAUAAAAAAAAUUAAAGCCUAUUA